CAACCCUCACUCCAUAAAUACGUCUUUUUACCUUUAAAUAUUCCUCAACAUUUGCACCAUUUCCUUUCUUCAUCUUCGUCUUCAUCUUCAUCUUCAUCAACCUCUCAGACAAAUGAAGACCUUCACUUGCUUCCUUCUCUUGGCUACUUUGCUUAUCUCAGGAACAGGAUUGCUCUCCACUGCAAGCAGACCUGAUCCCAACUCAUCAAAAGGCAAGCCCACCAAUCCAAGGAACAAAGCUGGUGGAAAUGAUGCUGGAAUAGGCGGAUUCUUUGGGCCUGGAUCCGGGUUUGGUAUACCCGGGCUUGGAAAAGGAUGGGGAAAUGGGGUUGUUGGUGGCGGAUAUGGAGCUGGGUUUGGAGGUCCAAAUGGAGGGUACUCAAAAGGCGGUAUUAUUAGCCCUACCGUGGUGUGCAAAGAACGGGGUCCUUGUUACAGGAAAAAGCUUACAUGUCCUGCCAAGUGUUUCACCUCCUAUAGCCAGUCAGGGAAGGGAUAUGGAGCUGGUGGCGGCGGUGGUGGGUGCACCAUUGACUGUAAGAAGAAGUGUAUUGCCUAUUGUUAGAGAAAGAGGAAGGCGUUGGAUGGUGGCAGGCCCUAGCCGGUGAUACUUUCUGCUAUGUAUUGUAUGUCAUGAUGCGUAUUCAUAUAUAUAAAAUAACUCAUUUGAGCUA